AUGAACUCCUACACCGUCCUCCUUCUCUGCAUCCAGGCCUGUUUGGUUCAGAAUGCCUACAGCCAAUGCUUGAACUCUAUUUAUGGUGCCGGUCUUGGCUACCGAGGUGCUUACGGCUUGGAAGCUGGUCUAGCAGGUCCUUAUGGUUUGGAGGCAGGACUCGCAGGUCCCUAUGGCUUGGAGGCAGGUCUUGCAGGUCCUUAUGGGCUGGAUGGUCUGGCUCCAGCUCCUUUCGGUUACCCAGCUGCUGGUCUAGCUGGCGCUUAUGGCGGUUCUGGAAUUGGUGAUAUAGCAGUAGCUGGUGAGAUGCCCGUCGCUGGAACCACCCUCGUCGCUGGACAGGUGCCCAUACUCGGAGCUGUUCGCUUCGGUGGUGACCUGCCCGCCGCUGGUACCGUCUCCAUUACCGGCAGCAGUGGUUGCGGAUGCUACAUAUAA